AUGACUUCGAGGUUCUGGAAUCUCCGAGGAGAGGCGUUGUCUCUUGCUCAGAUUCUUUUAGUUGUUUGCCCAGCAUACACCCUUUUCGGAUACAAUCAGUCAGGGCUCGGAAGCCUCGUUUCACUCUCCGAUUGGGUCAAACACUUCCCAGCCAUCGACACCGUCAACACUGAAGGUGCCGAGGCUAGUCACAAUGCGACAAUUCAAGGCGUGGUGAUAGCAACCUUCACUUUGGGCGCACUGCCCGGUUGUCUGUCCUGCUCAUAUACUGCCGACAAAUUCGGCCGACGUCCAGUGAUUUUUAUGGGCGGCCUACUUGUAUUGAUCGGUCAGGUGCUGGAAGCAUCGUCUUACCUACUGGGGCAAAUGAUUGUGGGUCGUACUGUGCUUGGAGCGGGAAUUGGCAUGCUGAGCGGAACAGUCCCAACCUGGCAAAGCGAGUGCUCCAGCUCCAAAAGCAGAGGUAAACACAUAGUACUUGAUGGUCUGUUCAUCGCGCUUGGGUACAUGCUUCAAGCAUGGAUCAAUUUUGGCUUCUAUCAGUUCAAAACAGGACCUGUCACUUGGCGAGCUCCGAUCGCAAUUCCCAUCAUCUUCGCCGUUGUCCUUCUCAUAUCGAUCGUCUUUCUUCCUGAAUCUCCUCGGUGGCUUGUGCGUCAGAACCGCGUCGCGGAGGCUCGCACUAUACUCGCUUCUUUGAGAGACCUUCCAGAGGAUGCGUCUGGAAUAUCGGGGGAAAUCGCUGGUAUUGAAAGUUCCCUUGAAAAGACCGCACAAAGUGCGGCGUCCCUUAAAGACCUUCUCAAGAUGGGAGAUGAUCGCCUGCUGUAUCGCUUCUCUAUCUGCAUCUUGCUUCAAUUCUUCCAACAGAUGUCGGGCGGGAAUCUAAUCUCGGUCUACUCUUCGGUGAUCUUUGAGCAAGGUCUAGGGCUGGAUGCUGAGACUGCUCGGAUUCUCUCCGGGGGUACACUUACAUGGAAGUUCCUCUCAUGCUUUGUAUCCUUCUUCACCAUCGACAGAUUUGGUCGCCGCAUCGCUUUGAUGGUGAGCGGAGGUGGAAUGGCUAGCUGCAUGCUGGGUCUGGCGAUUGCGACGUCUUUCCCCCAUUCCAAUUAUGCGGCACAGAUCAUCAGUGUCCUUUUCGUCUUCCUGUUCAAUUUCUUCAUUCCCAUCGGAUUCCUCGGUGCCAACUUCCUCUAUUGCACGGAGGUGGCACCUACUCGUCUCCGUGUUGCCAUGUCGAGUAUCUCUACCGCGAAUCACUGGCUUUGGAACUUCGUUGUUACCAUGAUCACUCCAGUUGCAAUAAAAACAAUUGGGUAUAAGUACUACAUUGUUUAUACGUGCAUUGGUGCAUUCGUCCCUAUAACUGUCUAUUUCUUGUACCCCGAGACUAUGGGACGUUCUCUAGAGGAGAUUGACCUCAUCUUCCGCGAGAGUCCAUCAGUGUGGUCAACUGUUCGAUUUGCUAAUAACCGACCUAUUGAGACCAUGCUCGAACUUCCCCGGGACACUGGAGAGAAAGGCGAACUGGAACAUGAAGAGUACUCUACUAGGUCUCUGAGCAAGUGA